AUGCAAUAACGAAAUGAUUAAUUGAUAGGACAAUAGGUACAAUAAAAUAUGAAUAUGAAUCCAACGAUUGCAUCACUCAGUAUACCAGAUGAUAAACCUCUAAGUCCGAUUAGUGUUGUAAAGCCAUAACAAAAUAUCCAUAUUUAUAAUAAGGAAUAUGAGUAUAGAUUUAUUAACUAAAAAUAACUAGAGGUAAGAUUGAAAUGUUGAAGAGACUAACCAAUUAUUUUGAAUAGGAUUAUCCAAACGGAACAUUUUAUGGUUAAAUGCUGAAUGGCAAAAAACAUGGAUAAGGUGAAUAAAUUUAUUUACUUACUAAGGUUUAAUGUUAUUGUAGGGUAGAGUUUGUGAAGGAGUUUGGUAAAAUGAUAGAAAACAUGGGCAUUGCAAAGAGAUCUUUGAAACAGGUGAGAGAUUUGAAGGAGAAUAUUAGAAUGGAAAACCAUAAGGUAGGGGAGUUUAUACAAGAAAUAAUGAGAGUUAUGAAGGACAGUGGGUGAAUGGAUUUAAACAUGGACAUGGAGUUUGGAAAAUGGAAAAUGAUUUUUAUGAAGGAGAAUGGAAAUUUGGAAAAAUUGAUGGGUAUGGAGUUUAUAUUUAGAAUAAUAACAAAUAUACUGGAAGUUUUAGGAAUAAUUUGAAACAUGGACAUGGGAUAGAGAACUUUGCUAAUGGAGAUUUAUAUAACGGUCAAUUUUGCAAUGGAAAACCUGAAGGUUAAGGUACAUAUAUAUGGAAUAAUGGAGCUGAAUAUAGAGGUUAUUGAAAUUAAAAUAUUUGUAGGAAUGUUUAAGAAUGGAGUUAGACAUGGUAAAGGAGUAUGGAAUAAAUGGGAUCCAUUAAAAGAAGGUCAUUAUCGUUAUGAAGGUAUGUUUGAGAAUGAUAAAAAACAUGGAUAAGGAGUAUUUACAUGGCCAUCAGGAAAUUAUUAUGUUGGUGCUUUUGUUAAUGAUUAUAGACAUGGUUAUGGGGAAAUGUUCUGGAAGGAUCAAUAUUAUAAGGGUUAUUGGGAAAGAGGUAUGUAACAUGGAGAUGGAGAAUUGUGUAAGAAUGGAGUGGUUAAAAAAGGAAAAUUUGAAAAUAAUGUAUUAACAAAUCAUAGAAGUAAUAGUAUGUGGGAAUCUGGUGAAAGUAAUUUCAAAUUAUCUAAUAAUUUAAAUUAAACCUUCUCGCAUGGUUUAUCUUAACGCAGCAGAUAUAUGCCUGCAAUUGGACGCAAACCUAAAUUAAUUAUAAAAAAGGGAGAUAAAACUGUUAUCUUAGACUCUCUCAUUAUAACAGAUAUUCCUAUUGAAAAUGAUCCUGAUUUCUUAACUAUUUGUCCUGAACCUGUUUAAUAAAAAAAAUUUAAACCAAAAAUGAAUUGUAGUUAGCUCUUAAAAUAACAUUUUAGUACUCUGAGAAAAUGA